UCACCCCGCUACAUCACCCAACCACCACGACCGUUAGACGCUCGCCGCGCGUUGGCCGCCCCGACCGCGGCGCGCUCUGUCCGCGACGCGGACGGGCUCAUCGGACGCCGUCCGCUCGAACCGGAUAUCACCGACGGUGGUGACAUCUAUCCGGUAAUCGGACGGACGCGGUUUUUCGAAUUUUAUCAUAUUAUAUUUCAAUAUUUCCAUAUUAAAACGUUACCCCCACUACUUAUCCUUUAUGCCGUGAAUAGAUUAAGUUUAAAUAAUUGAUUGCGCGGAUUUCGUACCCGCCAAGUUAAUUAUUUAACGCAAACCAGUAACACUACAACCGCUUAACGUGAAACUAGUGCGUUUAAUUCUGACGGUGAAAAUAUGACGGGAAAACUUCAAAAAAUCGUCUCGGAGGCUUGCGGUGAACGCGAGGGCGAAAAUAUACGGCGUUCGUCGACCGUGCAGUCGCCCAUCGAUUUAAUCGACUGCUCGAGCUUUGUCAUAGACUUUUCGGGUCGCAAAUCCAUUAACAUUGGACUUGACGCCUCGGACGUUUUCAACGUGUGCGUGCAGAUUAUAACGCCGUCGAGACAUGUUUGUAUAACAAGUGUAUUCUUACAUAGAAUUUUCUCACUACUACCAUACAUACUCCCGAAUAUAACCAAUCCGCCGGUUAAAAGUCGCGAGAGACUUUUUCUCAAAGACGAGAAUAACACGCUUUCCAGAACUACAUAUCGCGGCGAAAGUAUGCUCGUCGUCGAAUCACGCCUACAACAAGGAUGUCGUGUGCUGUUGAGCGAGCGCGAUCUAUUAAGAAUGCACGAGAUACGAUGGGCCGUCAGCGAAUCAAUCUCCCGAAAAUCUAACGUGACGCGCUGCGCGGUUAUGGUGCAAAUCGAUCAGAUAGCUACACAUUUGAGUACUAAUGUUUACGUCGAUAAAUCGUCCACGGUAGAAGAAAUUGCAACAGCCACCAGUAAUGUACACAGUAAUCUCCACACGAUGAAUAUAUUUCCAAAUAGUGAGAACAGUUUCAUAAACCAGAUAAAAUUGAUGGCCAACAAACAGCUGGCAUUGUGUUGGGCGGGCAAUAUUCAAAAUAACAUUACUGCAGACUACGUGCCGAGUAAUGGCGACGUCAAUGACAUCGAAGAGCUUUUAGCAUUCCAUGAGAACGAAGGGCCCGUGAUGUACACGUCAUAUUGAGACUAUUGUCGGCAACGUACAACUUGACCUCGACAUUCCGUGAUCGUCGGCCGCUGAUAAUAUUAAGAUAAUAUUAAGAUGAAACACAUGUAUAAUAAUACCACAUAAUAAUAAUAUAUGUAUAUUAUAUAUAUACCAUAAUAUGUACCAUCUGUUUGUGAGAUACUAUUAUCCUCCACGCACAUAUAUUGUACAAUGAGAUUUGUUCAUGCGUUGUACAAUGCAUA